UCUGUGGUUGUCAACGCGUAGUACUGUCAAAUAGUAGUGAUUUUCGUUUUUGCAUUUAUUGUUAAACAUAAAAUUAUUUAAAAAUGCCUGCCGGAUCGUCAACCAUGGACGGCUUACGUGAAAAAGCCUUUCAAGACUACAGAAAGAAGCUGAUGGAACACAAAGAAGUUGAAUCCAGGCUAAAAGAAAUGAGAGACAAACUAAAGGAUGUUACCAAACAAUAUGACAAGAGUGAAAAUGACCUGAAAGCAUUACAGAGUGUUGGUCAGAUUGUCGGAGAAGUGCUGAAGCAGCUUACUGAAGAGAAAUUCAUAGUAAAAGCUACAAAUGGUCCUCGAUAUGUUGUUGGAUGCCGUCGUCAACUUGACAAGCAGAAGCUGAAGGGAGGCACCAGAGUCGCCCUGGACAUGACCACACUCACCAUCAUGAGACAUUUACCAAGAGAGGUGGAUCCCCUUGUAUACAACAUGAGCCAUGAGGACCCCGGUGAUGUCACAUACUCUGCUAUCGGAGGUCUGCAGGAACAGAUCAGACAACUCAGAGAAGUGAUUGAGCUGCCCCUAAUGAACCCCGAGCUGUUUGUCCGUGUGGGCAUCACACCUCCUAAAGGUUGUCUGUUGUACGGCCCGCCCGGUACCGGCAAGACGCUGCUGGCGAGAGCAGUCGCCUCACAGCUUGAUGCUAACUUCUUGAAGGUGGUAUCGUCAGCCAUAGUGGACAAGUACAUCGGCGAGUCUGCGCGUCUGAUCCGUGAGAUGUUCAACUACGCGCGUGACCAUCAGCCCUGCAUCAUAUUCAUGGACGAGAUUGAUGCUAUUGGUGGUCGUCGUUUCUCGGAGGGCACGAGCGCGGACAGAGAGAUCCAGCGCACGCUCAUGGAGCUGCUCAACCAGAUGGACGGGUUCGACUCCCUGGGACAGGUUAAGAUCAUCAUGGCUACGAACCGUCCCGACACGCUGGACCCCGCUCUCCUGAGACCCGGUAGACUGGACAGGAAGAUCGAGAUCCCACUGCCUAAUGAACAGGCUAGACUGGAAAUCUUGAAAAUCCACGCGGCCCCCAUCGCCAAGCACGGUGAGAUGGACUACGAGGCGGUGGUCAAGCUCUCCGAUACCUUCAACGGCGCUGAUCUCAGGAACGUCUGUACCGAAGCCGGAUUGUUCGCCAUCCGGGCCGAGAGGGAGUAUAUUAUACAGGAGGACCUAAUGAAAGCGGUGCGCAAGGUAGCAGACAACAAGAAACUGGAGAGCAAGCUGGAUUACAAGCCUGUCUAAGUGUUCUAUUUUAUAUUAAUGUAUCGUUCAUUUACUUCCUAAUAAAUAGUUAUAUACCGUGCUA